GUUGUUCGAGUGUAGAUGAGAAACACUGCAGAGUCAUGAUGACCGCAUUACUGACAGCGGACUGGAUCCACUGGGUCCACUGGCUGAUGUGACUCUUAGUGGUGCUGAUGAGCAGAUAAGACGAAGCACUGCGUUAUUAUUAAGCUCAUAUGAACUGUGUAUGACUUAUGGUUUCCCACAAUGUCUGCCUACGGGAUUCCAGAGGAAGUGCUGAGAGAUGAGGGCUUAAUAAAAAGGCUGGAGGAAGUGGCCAAAGACACUGCGCUGCUGCAUGGAGUAUUAAUGCGGACCAAAGACAGACCAAACUCCCCCGAGGUAGUGAGCUAUGCACCGUUCAGCCUCUUCCCCUCCCCAGUGCCCAGAGCUCUCUUCCACCAGGCCCUUGAAGUCCAAACCCACUUUAACCGGCUGGUGGACAGAAUCAGCCAGAAUCCAGUCUUCCUGGAGGAGGCUCUCGCCAGCACCAUCAAAGUUGAUGACUUCACAGCAAAACUCUUCAACAUUUACCGAGAAGUACAACAGGAACCACAAGCUCUGCCAAUAGUCCUCGGCCUGAACCGCUCAGAUUACAUGCUGGACCAGAGUGCAGACGGAACGGCAUCUUUAAAGCAGAUUGAAAUCAACACUAUCGCCGCCAGUUUUGGGGGUCUUUCCUCACGCACACCGGAUGUCCAUCGGCAUAUUCUUAGGUUCGCUAACCGGCUGGAGGAACGCCAGCAGAUCUUAGACAACAACCCAGCAGCAGGUCUGGCCAAAGGACUGGCAAAGGCCUGGGAGCUUUACGGUUCACAGAGGGCAGUCAUGAUGUUUCUUGUUGAGGAUGUUCACAGGAACAUAUACGACCAUCGAUACGUGGAGAAUGAGCUGUGGUUGAGAGACAUUCCUGUGAUCAGAAGACAGUUUGAGGAUGUUUGGAGAGGUGGAUCGCUGGACCAUGACAAGAGGCUGUUUGUAGAUGGACAGGAAGUUGCCAUUGUUUACUUCCGUAAUGGAUACAUGCCUCAGAACUACAAAUCAGAAAAGAGUUGGGAGGCUCGGUUGAUGAUCGAGCGCUCGCGUGCUGUCAAGUGUCCGGACAUCAGCACUCACCUUGCUGGCACGAAGAAGGUCCAGCAGGAGUUAGCUCGGCCGGGGGUCCUGGAGCGCUUCUUUCCUGACGAGCCUGAAACGGUGGCCCAGAUCCGCGCCACCUUCGCUGGCUUGUACACGCUGGACAUGGGGGAGGAUGGAGACAGGACAGUAGCCAUGGCUUUAUCCAACCCAGACCAGUAUGUGCUGAAGCCCCAGAGAGAAGGAGGCGGGAACAACAUUUAUGGGGAGGAGAUCUGCCGAGUGCUGGAGAGCAUGAAGAACAGCACGGAGAGGACCGCCUACAUCCUGAUGGACAAAGUUCGGCCCCGCCCGGGUCACAACUACCUGCUCCGACCGGACGCUCCUUUGAGGCUGUGCACGUGCCUGAGUGAGCUGGGCGUUUUUGGAGCCUACGUUAGGAAGGGCGCGGAGAUGGUGAUGAACGAGUGUGUCGGCCACCUGCUCAGGACCAAAAGCUCUGAACACGCUGAUGGAGGCGUAGCUGCAGGAGUGGCAGUUCUGGACAAUCCUCUUCUGGUUUAGGCCAUGUCGCCCUCUGUGGACCAAGACAGGAACUGCACACCACAAAACAGAUUAGGGGUUCCAUUUCAAGCAGAGCUUUGCUUCAUUGCUCCGUCAGCACUGCUCUGUCUCAGUAGGAGAGAGAACGCUGGAACCAGUAGUGAUUAAAACAUUCCCUCUUUAAGACGGUGCUCACUUUAACAGGGAGCUCCUGAACUGAACUACUGAAUGCCACAAGUGUACUUCUUUACCUCAUUCAGCACUGAAUAGUCUAAAGCGCUGUGCUGAAACUAGAACUUCAUCACGUAUUUUAAUAGGACGGUUUAUUGUAAAGAGACUUUUGUGCUUUUUAAUUUGAGGCCGUUGACUCAGCCAGCCAAACUUACAGAUCCCUGUGAACCGACUGGGAAUAGUAAUUUUUUCAGUGCACCUGAAAUCUGUCUGUUUGGAAUUAGGCUUAAAGGAGAAUUCCACAGAUUUCUAUAUAAUUUUGUGGUUAAGAUGUAAACAGAUUCAUUCAGUGUGGUUUGAUGUGAAACGUGCUGUUUCUGACUUACCGAGUCAGAACUGUUUGUAAUGUUAGUUAAUGCGACUGCAGAUCCCUCACGAAAAGUUAUUAUAUGAAAUGGCUACCAAAGCACUGCCCGACGCCUGGGCUAUUAUUUUACCAUAGUUUUGAGUGAAUAUUUUGGCUUAAAACUUAUUUUUGAAUCCAUUCAUGAGAGAUACAUGCAUAGCGUUGUAUAUUAUAAACAGUUAUGCAGCAUUGAGAAAUAAAAAAAAAAAA